GACUCGACGGUCACGUGUCCCUAGUCGCUAGUUGAUGACGUCUUUUAGCUGUGCCUCGUCUGCUGAGUCUAUUGCACUCCUCUUGCGGCUAAUUAAAGGCACAAGAAGAGACAGACAGUGUGGAAGAUGUGAACAUCUGGGACAGGUGGGUUUUAACUCCAUAUCUGCUGAGCUCACGUUAGGCUAACAUGGAGGGUUCACAGCAUUCGAAAUCUCUUAAGAACUCGGGGAAUAAGGCGAGCCCUUGCCAGCCAACACCUCUCUUAGUAGCUUCACUGUGAGAAGAGAAUCUUAAAAGUCGACAGAGAGAAGAAAGAGUUUACCACAGAGCAUGGCCUUAGUUAAAGAGCAUAGCAUGGACGAAAGACAGGCACUGGUUAAAGAAGAGGACUGUGACUGGGGGCCACCAGAGGAUUUGUGUGCGAAGCCGGAGGAUCGUGAGAGAAUUUCUGUUUUUAAAGAGGAGGAGUGCAAGGAGGAGAUCGGGGAGGUUAAAGUUGAGGACUCCAAAGAUCUCUCGGUGAGCGUUGGCCUGCAAAAGCACGAAAGAGGGAAAAUUUUCAAGCAAGAGAUCAGUGAAGCGUCUCAUUCCAGUUUACAGCCCUGGUCCAGUAAAAGAGGAGAACUGGCCCCCCAGCAGAAUUCCAUGGAGCUGAAAUCGGAGUCUGAAAGGAAAAUUACUGAUGGAAAUGGAAAAGAAGGAGAAGAGCAUUGGUCCUCCAAGGAUGCUGGAAUAAAUGUCCAAGAGAAUGGCAGCUUCUCCUCAUCUUCAUUUGGUCAGACAUUUCUUGGGUGCAGACAGAUACAGAGCCAGGAACUGGAGAAGAUGAUAAAGAAAUCAACAAGAGGAUCAGAGACUCUGAAAGAAGCCUCUUUGCAAUGCAGUUCUUCUCCCACUGCCAAACUAACAAAGACAGAAUUCAUCAAUCCCGACCAAUGGCCAACAAAUGACACGGAUCAGGAGCCUUUGUACGUCGACCAAGAGUACGGAACAUUUUUCAAAAACAAACCAGAGUGUAAAGCUCAUAUGAGAAUUUAUAUGAGACCGAAACCCUAUGCCUGUUUGGAAUGUGGCAAACUAUUUUCACAGAGCAACAACCUUCGGCGACACAAACGGAUUCACACUGGAGAGAAACCAUACUCCUGUCCGGAAUGUGGCAAGCGAUUUUCUCACCGGAGCAGUCUCAAAAGACACAACAGUGUUCAUACUGGAGAAAAGCCGUACCGAUGUUCUGAUUGUGACAAACAGUUUUCCAGAAGUAGCUCUCUUCAGCAACACACGCAGAUUCACACAAGAGAAAGGGCAUUUGGCUGUCCGGAAUGUGGCAAAAGAUUUUCCCGUAAUAAUAUUCUUCAAAAACAUUUAAAAAUUCACACAGGAGUAAAACCUCAUUGCUGUUCAGAGUGUGGUCAAAGAUUCUUUGAAGUGAGCCAACUUCAAGACCACAUCCAGGUUCAUGCCUGGGAGAAAACGUAUUGUUGUACUGAAUGUGGCAAAGAGUUCUUACAAGUAAGCCAUCUUCAGAACCACAUGAGGACUCACACUGGGGGGAAACCGUACUGCUGUCUGAAAUGUGGGAAACAAUUCACACACACCGGUAGUCUUCACAAGCAUAAAAGAAUUCACACGGGAGAGAAACCUCACUGCUUUUCUGAGUGUGGAAAACAAUUCUUUCAGAUAUGCAAUCUUCAACGGCAUAUCAGAAUUCAUAGUGGGGAGAAACCUUAUUGUUGUUCUGAAUGUGGGAAACGAUUCUCAAACAGCAGUGGCCUUCGAAGUCACGAAAGAAACCAUACUGGUGAGAAGCCUCAUAGCUGUUCUGACUGUGGCAAGUGUUUCUCGGACAGACGGAGUCUUGACAGACACGUGAGAGUUCACACAGGAGAGAAACCACACAGCUGUCCAGAAUGUGGCAAACAGUUUUCACAAAUAAGCACCCUUCAGCGCCACGCGAGAAUCCACACUGGAGAAAAACCUUACUGCUGUUCUGACUGUGGGAAACGAUUCUCAGGCAGCGGUGCCCUGCAACAACACAUACGCAGCCAUACCGGAGAGAAGCCGUACAGUUGUUCUGAAUGUGGUAGGCGAUUCUCUGACAGUAGCAAUCUUCAGAAGCACACACAGAUUCAUACGGGAGAAAAGCCAUAUUGCUGUGCCCAAUGUGGCAAAAGAUUUUCGCGCAGCAACAGUCUUGACAUGCACAAAAGAAUUCACACGAGGGAGAAACCCCAUUGCUGUCCAGAGUGUGGCAAACAGUUUCCACAAAUCCGCAGUCUUCACAAUCACAUUAGAACCCACACGGAAGAAACCCCCUUUUGCUGUUCUGAAUGUGGUAAACGAUUUUCUGACAGUAGCAGACUCCAAAGACAUGUAAAAAUUCACACUGUUGAAGAGCCACAUGAAUGUGGCAAGUGAUUUACAGAGAGUAGUGCUCUUCAACAGCACAUACAACGCCGUUCUGGAGAGACGUACAGUGCAGGUCAUGAUGGAUUCCACAGAGCUAAUCAAAAGAAACAUUCAGGCCCAUCCCGACUUUCUACUGAUAACCAUGAUGCCAUAUGGACUUCAAAAUAGCAAUGUCAGUGCCACACACUGUCGUCACUACAAACUUAAGGGAAUAAGAGUGACUAAAGAGUAAGGUUCACUCCCAUUCUGGUAAUAGGCACUCUAAGGAACUCUGGUGAAAUUUAUCAAGAGAGAAGCCCUGGAAAUAUCACAAUGUGGCUGUUCAGGUCAGUCGUACUACCGAUUGUUCUAUACGCUUGUGAAACCAGGAUGUUUAGGAAGUUCUGAAGAAAGGAAACUCCUAGUUUUACUUAAAAUCUCCACGUACAUCUGCUGGAGAAGAUCCAGGACCAAGACAUCCGGAAGAGUCUAAACCAAACCGAGACAAUCAUGCAGUUGGUACAUUUCAGACAACACCGGUUUCUCUGCACACGUACUCUGAAUGUACUUGCACUUGUAUAGAGUGGUCCAGAUCUAAUUAUGUAAUUUCCAUUAUGCAUCCAUUAUCCAUUAAGUUUAUUACAUAGAAAA